CCGUUCCGGACUGGCAGUGCAAGAGUUUUGGCGGAAGAGAUGACUCGAUCCUGAGUCUGUAUAACGUAGCUUUAGCGCAAGAAGAUAACACCCAUGCGAGAAAAUUUAGAAAUAACUUUUAUUUUUUAAGUGUUUUGCAUGGUCUAGCUAGCUAAUGGUUUAGCUAUGGCUAGCCACGUCCGCUUGCGACUCCCAAAUCGGAAAUCUUUAAUGUAUUUGGGCUUUGAAAGUAGGCCAUGGAUUAGUGUAAUAUAAAUGUUAUCUUCGCAUCCGCCUCUCAGAUGUGUUUGGAACUUGGACGUUACCGCAAUUUGAGCUAGCUAUAUGAAGAAAAAAUGCACAACAUGGCCUCACUGGUGACCUAUGAGGAUUCUGAUCCGGAAGAUGACUCUGUAGAGGAUGAGAAGAGGGUACCCCCACUAGCUACCAAGUGUGCUAAUGUCCAAAGACCAUCCCAGAGAUACCUGGAAGUAGUAGGCUCUCACUAUGGCCUAAUACCUCACCCACAGCCAAACACCCAACAGUCAAACCUGUGGACAGAGACUGCACUGGGCUCCUCUGAGACUGUAGAAUACAGCACCAAACCAUGUUUACUUUCACCUCAGAGGAUCCAUACCCAUGAGGAACAGGUUAGGAGGAGGGGAGACUCCCAGAAUCCUCCCAGACCUGCUCCUCCAUCUGUAUCCUCUGGGACCGCUAUCAGCUGCGCUGUCCCACCUCCAUACAUCUCUCUCCUUCCUCCACCCUCCCAGAGGCCUAUGGGCGUAGCCACUAUAAAGAAACAGCACCAGCCCCCAGCUGGGAUAAGACCCUACAUUUCCAAGAGACAAAGGCUGGCCACUCCAGGAGACCGAGAUGGACCAGGCAGUUACCUGGAUAAGGCCCCAGAGGAUCAGACACCAAGCCUACCCAGGGAGGAUCAGACCCCAGCCUCUAGAAUCCAGGCCCCAGCAUCCAGGCAGCUCUCUGAGGUGUCCGAGAUAGUGCGACCAUAUCUGGGCCACAGGCCUGGCAAGGCUCAAGUCCCAAGGAGUGUGCAGCUGAGCAUGCAAGCCCACCUGGGCCCUGUGAACACAGUCCAGUGGUGCCCUGUCCCUCACAUCAGCCACCUGCUGCUGUCUGCCUCCAUGGACAAGACUGUCAAGGUCUGGGAUGCAGCAGAGAGUGGGCGGUGCCUAAUGGUUUAUGCCUCCCACACUGGGGCAGUGAGAGCUGCCCAUUGGUCACCCUGUGGGCGCCGAAUUCUCACUGGCUCCUUCGACAGCACCGCCAUGGUGACGGAUGUGGAGACAGGUCAGCAGAUUGUGAAGGUUGGGACCCAGUUCCGCGUGAUGUGUUUGGCUGUCCAACCCAGUGACCCGGAUGUGUUUCUGUGUGGAGGAUACAGCCCAGAGGUCAAGGCCUGGGACUCGCGCACCGGCAAGGUGGAGAGUGUGUUCCGUGCUGGAGUUCAACAGACCCUGGACGUCCUCUUCCUGUCUGGAGGAAGAGAGUUCAUCAGCAGCUCUGACUGUGUCAGCCGGGACUCUGCAGAGCUCACCCUCAUGGCCUGGGACUUCCGCACCACCGCCAGGCUCUCCAACCAGAUCUUCCAUGAGAGAUACACCUGUCCCAGCCUUGCUUUGCACCCCGUGGAGGAGGGCUUUGUGGCACAGACCAACGGGAACUACAUGGCCCUGUUCUCCGGACAGCGCCCCUACAGGAUGAACAAGAGGAGACGCUAUGAAGGACACAAGGUGGAAGGAUACGCAGUGCGGUGUGACUUCUCUCAGGACGGAACUAUACUGGCCACAGGAAGCUCAACGGGCUCUGUUCACCUGUACGACUUCCAGAGCUCUCGGACUCUACACAUUCUCCAUGGCCACGAGCAUCCCUGCGUGGCCGUGUCCCUGCACCCCACACUCCCUGCCGUGGCAGCCACCUGUGACUGGGGGGGCCAGGUCAGGGUGUGGAACUGACCACUGAGGAGACUGUUUGGUUUGAAGCCCCUAAUGGUUCCUUUUGUUUUAAUGGAUACACCCAAUUAAUGGAUGGUGAAAGUAAAGUUUAUCAGCCCUCUUAUAGUGAGAAGAACAAGGGUAAAGAAAUCUCAACACCAUUUACAUAUCAAAGGGUGGCAAACUGACCUCGUUUUACAUUAGAUCUUAACUCCCCCACAGAUUCUGCAACGAGUCAGCCUCUAACUUUGCUUUAUUAGAUAUCGGCUGUCUGUUCAGUUCAUGAGGACGUGGAGAUAAUUGUCUUAACAUGAAAAGACUGGUGAUCAUUUGCUUAUGCUUAUUUCAUGAAGAUAGUUUGCGCUCUCGUUUGCAGACUGUAACAUGGAUUGCAUCCUCUGUGCUCCAAAAACUUAAUGUAUUCUGUUACCACGACAGCUAGGCUCAUAUCGCAUUUCUACAUCACAACAAACAGGCUUAGUAGUUCUUCAAAAGAAUGUCAGCCCUAUUGCGCAUCCCUUCUGUCAAACUAUGAAAGUAUGAAUUAAACAUUUCCUAGGACAGAGAGACAUA